UUCAAUACAAUCACUACACCCAAACAUUCCUUUUGUGGUUUGAUUUCUCAAUUGUAAGUUUCAAUUUAUUUACCUUGGUCUCUCUAUAGUGCUAAAAUGAACUUAUCCAAACAUUGGAGUCGUAUUAUGGAGAAGUUCAAAUCUAAGCUUAAUUCGUGGAAAGCAAAUAAUCUUUUUUUGGUGGGAGGCUCACGCUCAUGAAAUCGGUUAUUGGAAGUACACCUUUGUACUAUUAUGCUCUUUUUAAAGCCCAAAGGUUGUUAUUACUUAUUUCGAAUCUAUUAUACUAAGGUUCUUAUGAGGUGGUGAUGAUAGUACCAAUAAGAUUAAUUGGGUUUGAUACCAAGCCUAUAGCAAGGAGAAGUUUGUCGGAUACAUGGUAAGAAAUCUUUAAAGUAAAAAGUUAUUUUGAUGAGAUGGGUAUUAAUUUAGAUAGUUUGUUUGUGAGAAAAACCGGAUUGGGUGAUUGAACUCUCUUUCGGAAAGAUAUGUGUUGUGGUAAUGUGCCUUUGAAGAUGAGAUUAAUUUAUUUGCUUUCUCCAACAAAUGUGAUUGUUUGAUUUGGUUGGGUGAUUUUACAAGACUCUCUCUAUCAAGUGGAUGAGAAACCUCUUGAUCAGUAGCUUGGGACCUAACAUAGGCAUCGACUACAAGUGGAACAAUUGGGUGCAGUGCCGAUAAAGGACAAUCAACAUGCCAUUCGUUGAGAUAUCAACGAUUAGACCAAAUGAUAAUGCAGAGCCCCUUCAAAUAAGAGUAAUAAGAAAGUGGAUACCGUAUGGAAAUAGACAAGAGCUUUGCUAUCUUUUUGUAGAUAACCAUGGAGAUGCAAUAGAAGCAAUAGCCGAUCUACAUCAUCAAUCCCAUUUUGAGUCACAUAUAACGCUACAUUCUUGCUACACUAUCCCUGAGUACCUAUUAGACACUGCAAGAUCGUCCAUGAAUGUUGUACCCCAUACAACAUGUAUCAGACUUGGUCUACGAACAUCCUUUUCGCAAUUUGAUGACGACGCCAUCCCCUACCAUUACUUCAACUUUGUCAACUACGAUCGUUUAAGGCCCCGCAUUGACAACCAUCUUUUGCUAACGGAUUACAUUGGUCGUAUGGAACGAGUAUCACCUAUCCUUAAUAGGGCAGGCAACAACCUAUUAAUAAUCAAUCUUCAAGAUCAAAGCGGGAACUUUAUUGAGGCCACCUUAUGGGAGCAAAUUGCAUUUUCCUUCGACAGAGAAGCUGCUUUACAAAAUCCUCAACCCGUGAUAAUAGCUAUGACAUCAAUGAAAGUCACGGAGUAUAAAGGAACACUUCAAUUGGGAUCUACCAACGCAACUACUAUUGUCAUCAAUCCAGAUAUUGAAGAUCUUAAGAAUGUCAUUACUAGGUAUAAACACACAUUAACCUAA